CGUUUGGUGUCACGUUUUAGCGUAUUUAUUUGUGUCUUUUAUUCAACGCAACUUGUAAAUUUUUUCAUCUGCAUACGGCAAAAGCAUCAGUUAAGUCAAUGGAAUCUUCUGUUUAAUACAUCGUAUAACUAGUAUAUAUGGCACAUAGAAAUAAUAAAAAAAAAGACAAUAAGACAGUGGUUAUGUUAUCCGUCUUAUUGCAAAUGAACUGUAGUUUGCUUAAUUCGGAGCAUUUUUACCUCAAAUAUAAAAUGUCACACGAUUUUGUCUUGUGAGUGAACUGCCUACUUUUCCGACUAGACCGCCCUGUCUAACUAUAGAGGAUUUCACUUGCAUUUAAGGAAGUGUUUGAAAAUAAUCCCCGACUAAAUAAACAUUACAAGAUCUAUCGCCUCUACCUCAAAAAACAUGCAGAUCAGAAACAAGUUAACAGUGCUCAUUCUUAAAGUCUGCAUCAUAUCAGCCAUCAGACGGAAAGAUAUGUUUCCCUACGGAACACUUAACAGGGAUUUGACACUUCAUGAGGGAGAUGACAGGAUCUCUCGGAUUCCCGAUCUGAAGCUGCCGAUGUAUUUUUACGGAUCACGAUUCAGCAGUUUAUAUGUGGCCACCAACGGCGUCAUCUCCACCCAGGUCCCACCCCUGGAGAGUCAGUACGUGAACAGCGGCUUUCCCCUUGCCUUCCCUGUUAUUGCGCCAUUCCUGGCCGACCUUGACACCAGCCAGGGGAGAGGGACGAUCUACUAUCGCGUGGAGGAUACAUGGUGCAUCUUGCAGCGGGUCGCGAAGGAGGUCCGGAGUGGCUUCCCCGAGGCUCAGUUCAUGCCCUCCCAUGCUGCCAUUAUCACCUGGGAAGAUGUGGCAUCUUACGAAGAGGUUACCACCCACUACAGUGCAUCUAGUAUGCUGAACACAUUUCAGGUGGUAUUAGCCUACAAUGAGACAGAGUCAUACGCAUUGUUCCUGUAUCCAGAGGGUGGAUUGCAGUUCUUUGGGACAAGGCCGAAGAAUCCCUACAGCACUGGCUUGGAAAUCCCAGCCCGAGUGGGAUUUAGCAGGGGGGGAGUUCCCGCUUUCACAGUGUCCCGCGGGGAGGAACUUUAUUACAGUGUUGCCAACACAGAGCGAUCUCUGAAGGACCUCUACCAGCAGGGAAAUGCAGGCUGUCCAGGAGUCUGGAUCUUCCACAUCGGUAGUAGAUUCUCUUUCCAGAAUGUGGUUCCUGCAACAGCACCAGCAAGUCAGGAAUCAUCCAGUGUCGACUUCAGCAGGAUGGACUGUGCAGAGAAACUGGCCUAUAACCCUCAACAUGAAGACUUUUCUGUCUCAUCAUCGCAUCCUCAUCUCCUGUCUAAGGUUCUGCCUCCAUUGUUGCCAGAAUUUUUGAGGCAAGAACUCUUCAUCUCCAGUAGGGGGGUGCGUGAGCCUAAAGUCCACCUCAGUGGACAUGGUGGGAAGUCUGCCCUCCACCUUCCAUCUGAUACAUUUAGUGGGGAUGAAGACCUGGACUCAGGGUCUGGAGAAAUCAAGGAGAUGUGUGCCUGGUCCCAGUUUCAUUGCUCACAAGACGGCUACUGCAUGGACUAUCCCACAGGACGUUGUUGCCACUGUCAGUCUGGCUUCUAUGGUAACGGGCAGCAGUGUCUGGCAGAGGGCUUGCCCCAGCGUGUCAGUGGAAAGGUGAGUGGCCUUGUCUUCGUGGGGGACACUCCAGUGAAGCUGGCCAGCGUGGACCUGCAUGCCUAUGUCAUGGUAGUGGAUGGUCGGAUCCAUGCAGCAAUUAGCCGGAUCCCUGAACCAGUCGGAUGGGCUUUGUUACCAGUAGUCCCCACUGGGGCGGUCUUUGGCUGGCUGUUUGCUUUGGAACAAUAUGACCAUCAGAAUGGUUUCAGUAUCACUGGUGCUGAGUUUACAUGCCACACAGAAGUGAUUUUCUACCCGGGCAACAAACAUCUCACCAUUGUUCAGGAGGCCCGAGAUCUGGACCCCCACGGUUACCUCAGCAUGGACACUCUUAUAUACGGCGACAUACCUAGUCUGCCACCUGGUACCAUGGUGAAAAUCAAGCCCUACAAAGAAAUAUACCAUUACCACUCAUCAGCGGCAACCUCGAGGUCGAUGCGAGAGUACACAGUUCUUUCACCGGAGGGUGGGUCAGAGACCUUCUCCUAUCAGAUACAGCAGAAUGUGACCUUCCGGCACUGCCCACACGGGCCCUGGACGAGCCCCGAGAUCCAGCAGCUCAGCACAGAGCUGGUUAUGGUCCUGUAUGAGGAGACGGAGAGAGCACUUCGAUACAUGAUGUUAAGUAAGGUUGGCCCUGUGGAAGAGCUCCAGCUGGUGAAUCCUUGUGUCUCAGAGAACCAUAAUUGUCACUCGGAGGCACUCUGCCUCCCCGGCCAGGGGCUGCGAUUUCACUGCCGGUGUCCCCUGGGAUACCACGGGGAUGGACAUAGCUGUCAUGACUUGGAUGAGUGCAAGGAGGGCCUCAGCGACUGCGGGGAUCACUCCGUGUGUGUGAACGCCCCGGGUGGCCAUCACUGCCAGUGCCACAGCGGGUUCGAGUUUCGCUUCGACAAGCAGGCCUGCGUAGAUGUUGAUGAGUGCCUCUCCCAGCCGUGCCACCCCAGGGCCACAUGCUCCAACUACCCAGGCUCCUUCGAGUGCCGCUGCCAUCCUGGUUUCGAAGGUGAUGGCAUCGCAUGCCUGCAGCAGCAGAGAGAUUCUGCUGGAUGGAUCAUGCAGCUGCUUUGGUGUUUGCUCGGUGUGCCUGCGGUCCGGAGUGAGGGACGGCAGGAAACGGCCUGUGGGCGCCAGCGCGACAAGCCGACAGCGCAGAAUGGGGACCAGGGAAGCUCACACGGGUACCUGCCGCAGUGUGACUCCCCGGCCCAGUUCAGCCCAGUGCAGUGUCACCGUAGCUCCUGCUGGUGUGUGGACGGGGAAAGCCAGGAAAUCAUCGGGACACGAACUCAGGAUUCCGUCACACCUCCCUGUAUUGACACUGUGGCCCCGCCUACGGAGCGACACCAGCCCCGCCCCACCAUGACCCUCCCCCUGGCCUCUCCUGCUAUCUUGUACACCCAGGGCCACCAUAUUGGAAUUGUGCCUCUCGAUGGGCCUCGCAUGAAUAAGGAGUCCGCCUCAUCGCUACUCUGGCUGCAGGGCUCCAUUGUAGUCGGAAUCGGCUAUGACUGCCAGGAAGGGAUAGUGUACUGGACCGACCUGGCAAAACGGACCAUAAGCAGAGCGAGACUGGAACCUGGGGUGCAGCCAGAGGUUCUCAUCAGCACAGGGUUGGUGGCACCUGAGGGUUUGGCGGUGGAUGCGGUGCGUGGGAUGAUGGUCUGGGUGGACAGCGGAGCAGACAGGAUCGAGACUUCAGGCCUGGACGGCAGGGGCAGGAGGGCCAUGUUCCGCGAUGGUCUGGUGAACCCGCGAGCCAUCGUCGUGGAUUCCAGCGGCGGAUCUAUGUACUGGAGCGACUGGAACCCAGAGGCACCCAAGAUUGAGAGCUGCACGGUGGAGGGUCAGCUUCGGAAGGUGCUGGUGCAUGACGGCAUCCAGCUCCCCAACGCCUUGACCUUCGACGACUCAGCUCGGCAGCUGUGCUGGGCAGACGCUGGCACCAAGAUGCUGGAGUGCAUAGCAUCCAACGGGACAGGGAGACGACAGCUGCAAAGGACUCUAAACUACCCCUUCGCUCUGGCGGUCCACGCUGGACACUUCUACUGGACAGACUGGCUCAGGGAUGGCAUCUUGGCGAUGGACCCAAACAGCAGUCAGUCCCCGGAUGAGUACCUGCCCGAUCAGAGGCACCGCCCAUAUGGAAUUACUGUGGUCUCUCCUCACUGCCUAUCAGGCCGGUCACGUGACGGAGUGCCACAGCCCUUCGCUUCAGGGUGGGGACAAUGAGGGGGGGCGCUGUAACUGUCGAGCGAAGCCUGCAGAUGGUCACAACUUGCUCAGCAGAAAACCAUGUGGAUGCUCAAUGCACAGACUUUUAAAAAAUUAAAUAUUGCAUUAAAGUAGCUCUUUUUCACAGAUCCAUUUAUCUUUAUGUAAAUAACACCACCCAUCUUUUAUAGUUGUUUAUGCAGCACAGGGUCUCAGUUUAUAAGACAGACAGACUGUAUGAUAGCAGCAGACUUCCUGUUGUCUUCUCCGAAUAUAAUUAGUAAAGCUUCACAGAAUUACCCAGAAUGCCAUUCAUGGGUUUCCCUGGCAACAAAAGCUCACGGUACAGGUUGGGCAGUUUGUCAGUCUCCAUUGCGAUUUAAACGUUGAUGAAUCAGUCACUCCACAACACCCUCUUUCAUCCAGCUGCAGUUCCAAUCACUGACCUUUGUGUUUCAGCGAUGAGAUUGGCUCCCUUUCCCUGAAGAUGUCAUUGGUUUCCAUCCCAGCCCUAAAUCUGAUCCUUCCACAAGACCAAGUCAAAG